UUGCUCAUCUCGUUGAGCAAAUUAACGUGCUCUUCUCGUAAUUGUCUCAUCAUUACAUCACCAGCAUUUCGACGGGAUGAGGUUCGACCCGCCGUGGUGGUUCUUCUCCUUCGUCGCGCAGCUUAUGGAGCAGGAACAGCAUCAGGAUCGUCUCCUCUUUCGGGUUCGAUUAUUCCCAUCGUGUCCAUCGAUUGA